CUAGAGAGAAAAGAGAGACAGAAAUAUGGGAGACCAAACGCCAUGUGCAGCUUUGUCUAAUGUGUUGAAGAAAGCGAAACCAUACCUGGCAAUGGUCUCCCUACAGUUUGGAUAUGCAGGGAUGUACAUAAUCUCCAUGGUUUCUAUGAAGCAUGGCAUGAGUAAUUUCAUCCUUGCUACAUACCGUCAUGUUGUCGCAACCAUUGUCAUUGCACCCUUUGCUUUUGUUCUUGAAAGGAAAAUAAGGCCUAAGAUGACCCUCCCUAUCUUCCUCAGGAUUGUGAUUCUUAGUUUCCUGGAGCCAGUGCUUGACCAGAACUUAUACUAUCUGGGAAUGAAGUACACAACAGCAACAUAUGGAUCUGCUUUCGUCAACAUGCUUCCUGCUGUUACCUUCAUAUUGGCAAUGAUUUUCAGGUUAGAGAAGAUCAAUGUAAAGAAGAUACACAGUCUAGCAAAGACCAUUGGAACUGCAAUCACGGUCGUGGGAGCAAUGGUCAUGACUUUGUACAAAGGUCCCAUUAUUGACUUCAUCAAGUCAGGAGGAGCUACACACCAUGGGACUACCAGUGAAUCUGCAGAUAAACACUGGGUUACAGGCACCAUAAUGCUUCUUGGAAGUAUCUUUGGCUGGUCAAGCUUCUUUAUUUUGCAAUCCUUCACAUUGAAGAAGUACCCGGCAGAGCUCUCUCUUACAGCUUGGAUAUGCUUCAUGGGAAUGGUGGAAGAUGCAGGAGUGUCCCUUGUCAUGGUCCGUGGCCUAAGUGCCUGGAAAGUUGGCUGGGACUCAAGGCUUCUUGCUGCAACUUACUCAGGAAUAGUGUGCUCCGGAAUCGCAUAUUAUGCGCAAGGAGUCGUGAUCAGGGAACGAGGGCCAGUCUUUGUAACAUCUUUCAGCCCUCUAUGCAUGAUCAUCACUGCUGCACUAGGGGCCAUUGUUUUAGCAGAAAAAGUCCACCUUGGAAGCAUACUUGGAGCCAUUAUCAUAGUCUCAGGCCUUUACACUGUGGUAUGGGGCAAAAGCAAAGAAGGGAAAAACUCAGAAACUGAUGAGAAAAGCAAUGCCCUGCAGGAAUUGCCAAUCACAAAUAAUGCUAGAUCAAUCAGUGUUGAUGAUGGCAUUGAUGAACCUGCCAAAAUUGUUAAUAUUCCAGCUUCAAAGAAACCUUUCAGCACUCAAGGAACAUAAAAAAUAUAUAUUUUCUUUCAAAUGCUUAUAAAUUUCUGGCAGAGUUGUUCUUCCCAAAGCGAUAAACAAGUACUAUGUGACCACCCCCUCCCCCCCUCUCUCUCCCUCCAUCUCAAAACUGCUCUGCAUCUAAGUAAUUUGUAGCUUAGCUAUCAUCUUCUGAUUGUACUCUGAGGCUUUAAUUUGGUGAAGUAAAAACCAUGAAUCAAUGCGGUUUGCCUAUGUUCUUAUCCAAAUAUUUCACUUCCAUACUUUUUUCUUUGGCUUAAAUUCAUAAGAUGCUAUAACAAAAAAAUCUAGUGCAAAAAUCAGAAUAUAGGAACCAAAAC